AUGAGACUACACUCUCUUCUGGGCCUGCUUGGUCUGGGGUAUCUUGCGACUGCCUCAAACUCCCAUCUGCGCCCUCGAGACUACGAUGCAGAAGAUUACUACGUCCUUCACCUCGACUCCGAUACCCCCCCGUCGCAGAUAGCAAUCAAAUUAGGCCUGACACAUGAAGGGCCGCUUGGAGAGUUAGCCGACCACCACAUAUUCUCAUCUCACAAGCAGCAGGAGGAUGUGGUACAUACUGCCUUGAAGGAGAGGAAACGGCGGAAGCGAACGAUCGGCGGAUACGAUGUGCUGGAUGGUGUCAAGCUCGCCCAGAAACAACAGUUAAAGCCCCGGUUGGAGAAGAGAGGCAUCAUCCCCCCGCCUCCCGCAGGAUAUGCCUCUCCCGUAGCGCGCCAGGUGGAUUCCCCCGCCGCAGCCGCCCUUGCCAAACAAGCCGCGGUUGCAAAGAAAUUAGGAAUAAAGGACCCGAUUUUCAACGAGCAAUGGCAUCUUUUUAACCCAGUCCAGGUUGGCCACGACGUCAAUGUUACCGAUGUGUGGCUCCAGGGUAUUACGGGGCACAACGCCACUGUUGCGAUAGUCGAUGACGGUCUGGAUAUGUACAGCGAGGAUUUGAAGGAUAAUUAUUUUGCCGAAGGAUCUUAUGAUUUUAACGAUCACUCCGUCGAGCCCAGACCGAAACUAGACGAUGAUAAACAUGGGACACGUUGUGCGGGAGAAGUAUCUGCGGUCAAGAAUAAUGUUUGUGGCGUUGGAGUAGCAUGGGAUUCGAAGAUUGCUGGAAUCCGAAUUCUGUCGAAGCUGAUCUCAGAUGCGGACGAAGCCAUUGCCAUGAAUUACGCAUAUCAGCACAAUCAGAUAUACUCGUGUUCAUGGGGACCACCGGACGAUGGAGUGUCUAUGGAGGCACCUGGGAUCCUAAUCAAAAGGGCCAUGCUGAAUGGCGUGCAAAAUGGCAGAGGCAAGCUGGGCUCGAUAUACGUCUUUGCAUCUGGAAAUGGUGCUGCCUACCAGGACAACUGCAACUUCGACGGUUACACGAACAGUAUUUAUAGCGUCACAGUCGGAGCUAUUGAUCGAAAAGGACUGCACCCCUAUUAUUCCGAGCAAUGCUCGGCUCAACUGGUGGUAACGUACAGUAGCGGAAGCGGGGACGCAAUCCACACCACUGACGUUGGCCCGAAUCAAUGCUAUUCUGGGCACGGCGGUACUUCUGCAGCCGCACCGCUCGCAGCAGGCAUCUUUGCUUUGGUGCUACAGGUUCGCCCUGACCUGUCCUGGCGAGAUAUGCAGUACCUGGUUAUGGAGACAGCAUUGCCAAUCGAUCUUGAUACUGGCGGAUGGCAGACCACAACCAUUGGAAAGAAAUUCAGUCACACUUAUGGAUACGGAAAAAUUGACACAUAUGCGACCAUUGAAGCGGCCAAGACCUUCAAGAAUGUAAAGCCUCAAGCCUGGUACUACUCACCUUGGAUCCAUGUCAAUCAGGCUAUCCCAGAAGGAGAGGAAGGUUUGGCGGUCUCUUUCGAAGUAACCCCCGGCAUGCUGAAAGAUGCCAACGUUGCACGACUUGAGCAUGUAACCAUCACAAUGAAUGUCGAGCACACCAGGAGAGGCGAUAUCAGUGUUGAUCUUGUCAGCCCUGACAAGGUAAUAAGCCAUCUUUCUAAUAGCCGCAACAGAGACUCAACUGAAUCCGGCUAUGAAAACUGGACUUUCAUGUCCGUAGUCCAUUGGGGCGAAUCUGGCAUCGGUACUUGGACCAUCAUUGUCAAGGAUGCCAUAGAGAACGAAUUCAAUGGCACCUUUAUCGACUGGCACCUGAAAUUGUGGGGCGAGUCCAUUGACGCCUCUAAAGCCACUAUACUCCCUAUGCCAGAGGAAAAUGACGACGACGAUCACAAUAAGACAAGCACCACUACAGCAGUUGCAAUUGCUACUACACCCGUCGCAGUUGGCCCUACAUCACCUCCAGCGGCAAACCCCACAGAUCAUCCGGACCGUCCUACCCGUCCCAAGCCUUCCGGCGCCCAGGAAGAAGUCGCUAGUCCGACUGGCACCAGCGCAGCAGCAACAUCCACUUCUUCCAGCUGGCUCCCAUCAUUCUUCCCCACCUUCGGCGCCGGUCCCAAGACCCAAAUCUGGAUCUACGGCGCCGCCGGCCUAAUCCUCGUAUUCUGCUGCGGACUAGGCGUAUACUUCUUCCUGGCGCGUCGCAAGCGCCUCCGCAACAAUCCCCGCGAUGAAUGGGAAUUCGAUAUCCUGGAAGAUGAGGAGGCCGAGGGCCUCAACGGCGGCGGCGCAAGAGGUAAAGGAAAGCGGAGAGCGGGCGAAUUAUAUGAUGCAUUCGCAGCCGGGAGCGACGAUGAGAGCGACGAGGAGUUCGACGAGGGCGGUGAUGAGAGGGAGAAGAUGCUGUACGAUGAUGAAGAAGAUAGUAGUGCAAGGGAAGGAAGUAGCGAGGGGGGAAAGCACGUCAUUGGUGACGAUGAGGAGGAUGAUGAUGACGAAAGUUUAGUUGAAGCGGAGCAUGAGAAGGGCGCCCAGGGCGGUCCGCCGUCACAUAAAUAG